AAAUCCUAAAAUAUCGAUGCAAGGACAUCUUUGGUACUGCGAUAAUUCUUGAAUUCAAGAAUAGAGUUUUCACUCUGUCGGUGGAGAGGUGAAAAUUAGGAGAGCGAGGUAACGCCCGCAGCGAGCUUUUACUUAAAUUUAGUACGUAGUCGGGGAAACUGGGAAACCUGUAUGGACUUUGGAGAGUCAGAGUGGAAACUGCUGCCGCAAGCUCAAAUUAUAUCGACUGAUUGUAACUCCGAACAACGCACCGUUCUCCAGUCUCCAUUUUCAUACACAUUUUCACAUUUCAAACAACGAUUGUACAUACAUAUAUCUUUUAUUGGUGCAUGUACGUACCCGAGGUACGUUUGUUCAAAAACGCGCAUUUCGUAGAAACUAAUUACAGAGCAAUCCAGUCGAUCAUUGAUAUGCUUCGUUCGAUAUUCCAAUGGGUAGUGUAGGAAGAUAAUUCCGAGAGGCUGCCUGCGUGCAAAUUAUUUUUUUCCCCCAUUUCCUCGUUCUCGCCAUGCUCCCUUCUACGCGCUUUAUUUUUAUACUUCAUCUCAUCGUGCGAAUUUAUCUCCCAACGCGUAUUCCCCAAGAUAAUAUACUUCGGUGUAUAACAUAAGGUUUAGGUCGGGUUUGCUUGCGGGUGAGAUAAGCGACGAAUGGUGGGAUAAUUGAUGGCCCUCCCACAUGUAGCCAUAGGUAUAUAGGACGUAAACUUACGAUCGGACUUGUAGCAAACCGCCACCACAAGUAUCUGGUUGCAGAAUGAUAUUUCCGGUAAAUGAAAUUUCAAAUUCAGAAAGAAUUUUCAGUAAUGCGCGGUGAAGGAGUGACCGACAAAAAAUGCGAUGAUGGAAAAUUGAUUUCUGGACCUGAUUGUAAAUCCUAUUCGUACACGUAUAAGUUUAGUCGAGGCGCGAGAUUAGAUAUUGAUGACUUGCCGCGCUGAAUAUAACAUUACCGUGCGGCGCAACGGUGGUGGCUACGGUAUAGCAAAUUUUGCCAAAGAACUGGGCAACUAAUAGGCAGACAAUGAGGUCCUGGAGCCAACAAUGUGCCAGAACGAGGUAGAAUGAUGUACAAUAGGUACAAUGGUUCACAAUAGAGAAUACAUCGCGGGUGCCUCGCGACGUUGGAACUGCAUGUAUUGCAUCUUCUUCGUGACGAGAAUCAUAUAACUAAGUACAUACGUACGUGUGUAUAAAGCCUCUGCGUACUCGCUCUGAUAUAUACGUAGCCAUAACUUUUAUACGACCACAUCUACAACCCCCACCAGGCUAACAACCAAAUCGGCGAAAUUCAGGUGUUCCGAAAAUCUGACUCACUGACAAUGAGAGAGAAAUCGAGAAUAGAAUAUUUCACGCCCAUUGAAAAAUCCAGGGAAAACUAAAUUCGACGCAGUAUUCGAAGCUCGGUAUUCGGAAUCCAAGUCUCAACGCGGAAAUCAAUUUCUCCUUUGCCAAUGUCACCUAUAGAGGAGUGACACAAUCCACCUCCACGGAUUGAUUCCUUCGCAACGAUGAAAUUUUACGGCUCGUACGAACCGAAAAGGACAAACGAAUGCCGGCCUGUACUAUGCCAUAUGACGUAUAACGUUUCUUCGGUUAUCCGGCUCCUCUUCGCGCGUGAAUUGAACAAAUUACAGAAGAAUGCUCGUUGACACGUGAGUGCGUGGGUGGAGUACAUCGCAUACUACUACAGGACGAGGGAUGUUGUGAAAAGGGGCCUUAUACUUGCGGACUCCCCACAUCUACUAGAUAGCCACUGCUGUGGGACACACAAAGUAAACUGAUGAUAAUUGCAUUGCACUUUGAAGUUGUAAGAAUGGAGAGGGAAUGAAUGACAUAGGGGAGAAGAACUGACCGUGAUGAUCGGAGAGCAUCCCAGUGCGUCCCGAGUCGUCGUUGUUGUGAGUGUAAGGGAAGAUCGUUGCCCGAAGAGUUCCUUUUCGUAAUUCUAAGGAAGAGUUCGUUCGAGUCGACUCAGAGUCGAGUCGAGUCGAGUCGAGUCAAGCUCCCCAGGGAUCAGAUCCGGAUAAGAGUACGCACCCAUUCAUGAUCCGCGUCUCAGUUUCUCACGACCGUUUGAACGCGCUGUAAUAGUUCUUCAAGAGUUCGAGCCCCGUAAUUUGGGGGGUUUGGAAGAUUGAAAAUAAUUGAAAUCACCUUCAAAAUGACCAUUACUUGGAUAAUAUUCAGCCUGGUCGCUGCGGUUAUCCAAGCUACAGCCCACAAAGGUUUCAAAAGCGUUCCGACAACGGUGAAAACCUUCGAAAAUGACACCGUCCUUUUGCCCUGCUAUGUUGAUAACACAGGUACGCCAGCUCGAGUUCGUUGGUGGCGGGAAGGCGUCUUGUUGGCGGAUAGUGGCGAAGCGACUCUUUUACUGCCGGCUAGAAUAAAGAUGUGCGAAAAUAAUAGCCUGGAAGUUUCUUCCGUAAAACCCGAGGACACGGGGGAGUACGUUUGUCAAGCAUCAAGGCCAGCACCUUGGGGUCACGUAACGCAAGUUCACGCCAUUGAAGUCAUGUAUCCACCGAGCGUUCAUCCUGUUCCGGAAUCUGGAGAGUUGGAAGUCGCAAUGGGAGACGAAGUGGACAUGGCUUGCGUCGCCAAGGGCGUCCCGACUCCGAUAAUAUCAUGGAGAUCAAAGGGUGAGGACCUUCUUCUGAUAGACGACAGACCGAGACUUCGUUUUCACGCGGAUAAUCGUGAUCUUUCUGGUCGAUAUACUUGCGUAGCAACCAAUGGAGUUGGUCAACCAGCCAGUGCGACGAUCGACCUUCGCGUGAAACACAAGCCGGAAAUCGAAGUUAAAAAAACUUGGGUACACGCAUCACCUGGAAUACGGGCACAACUUGAUUGCAAGGUCAUCGCAUGGCCAGAUGCUAAGAUCGAAUGGUACUUCAACGACGAAAAAGUUCCAUAUUCUCCUCGGAUCGUGAAACACACGGCUGGAAACGACCACAGUUUGAUAAUCAGAAAUACGAGAACAUCGGACUACGGUUAUUACUUGUGUCGAGCAUCGAAUACUCUCGGAGUUAGCGACGCUGUCGUCGAAUUAUCCGGGGUUGCGAAUCCGGCGAUAUUUAAAAAAGAAUCUCACAGCGUUGGAAAAACCGUUUAUAAUUUUAUAUGGGAGGUCGACAGCUACAGUCCGAUAAUAGAAUAUCAAUUCUGGUUUCGCGAGUUUGUGAGAGGCGGAGCACGCAGCGAAUGGCACAAACUGUUAAUUCCGAGUGGGAGUAACGCGAUCGGUCCCGUACAUGCCAGAUCUUUCAACUUGACCGGCCUCGCUCUGGCAACGCACUACGAAGGUUUGAUACUUUCGAGAAAUCGUUAUGGAUGGAGCAGGCCUUCUCGGCUUUUGCGAUUCUCCACCGAAGGGGCUCCCUCUGAAGAUGACGACGAACUUAUAAGGGUCGAAAUAUCACCUGAACAAAAAAUUAUGCCAGAGGUCGAGAUCGCUUCGAUGUCUCAACAUUCUCAACGCAACGGCGAUGCCAGCGGGGGUUCAUUAUCCACCCCAAAAGUGUGGGGCUUUCUCUUCGUUCUGCCGAUAACAGUGUCGAUAAUAUGCACCCUGAAUAUCGGCCCCGCAUGAUAUUGAAAAAUGGCAAAUCAACCACCGAUUGGCAAAACUGAAUAAUCUGUGAAGACUGAAGGUGAACUAUCGGCUGCCGGUAACUCAAUAGAAUUAUCAUUGUUAUCGAUGGAAGGGUUGCUCAGAAGGGUUGUUUUAUUGUUAGUCGGACUGGUACAUUCCACGUUUUUUUUUCAUACCUCCGGCAGUUAGAACAACAGAGUCCAGUUUUACCGGACUCUUUUUUUUUUAAUUAUUCACAAUGAGCUUACCAGAAAGGCAUAAAAAUAGUUACGAUUGUUUGUGGUUCAUGAUUUUAUCGAGCCGAUAUUUUUUCUGCUUUCGUUGUCCUAGUUGUUUUAUUUCAUUGAAAAAUCCGUACGUCAUCUUCAAGUACUUUGAUGGAUGAAGUUGCUUCUGUGAAUUGCACAAAUCACAAACUGCUCGUCGCGGGUAAAAGUUUAAAAAGUUUUAUUCAUUGAGUGUAAAUAAAAUAUUGUCCGAGCUGGCUAUCGAUCUUUUGUAACUUGUACGCAUUUCAAAAGUUCAUAAUCACACGAUAAUCGUAACGCCUGGUACAAGAAUGUCAGAAUUUCAUUAGUAUCAUUUAGUAUAUAAUAAUUCUGUUGUAAUUGUUUCCACCAUUAUGUCAAUAAUCGACACGAUCCUUCGACCGAUAUAUCCGCCAGCUCGAAUUUAUGUCGAGAAAUUAUCAUAAAUCACGAUAUGAGAUUGAUUCCUUCAGGUUACAUGCAGAUUACCAGAUCGGUAAUUCUGAUACACAAAUAGCGGCCACCAUGGUGCGGAAACGCGAGUAAGAACCGUUGUUUUUACCACCACUAACGAAUGUUUUCUGUUGUGGUAUUUAUAAAUCUAUAGGUAUUUGCACUUCAUCAAUAAAUCAAAUUGGGUACCGUACGUGACUUCAACUGGAAGUUGCCGAAACGAAAAAUUGAAAACACGGUGAAAGUAAGAGGACCAAACGGUGGAGCGUUUUAUUAUUCAAAUGGUGUAAAUAAUUUCAUAGGGGAGCAGACCGAGUGUGCGAUUAUUGGACGAACAUAUUUAGGUUUAAUGUCGAAAAUCACGCAGUUUGGAAUGUGUGGGUAUUACGUCGAAGUAUGGGUAUGCCGAGUUGAAGGAUGACGUUAAUAUUUUCAGGGACAACUCCAACAAAGGUUGAUAUCACGAUAAGAUUAUUAUACCCUCGAUGUGUGAUUAGAAUCAUGAAAGCGUAGCUUUAGAUAGUUGUGCAUAAGUUCAAUCCAUAAACACUAUGUUUUACUAAAGGUCAAUAUUAUAAAGUGGGUAAAACGGUGUGUAUGUCUCACAAUCGUCUGUGAAUUAAACUAGCGAUGAUUUUGGUACCCGCAAUGCAUUCAAAAACGCCGAUUUGGUCCAGGGAAUCCCUGACGCGGGCAUCAAGAGAUACCAAAUAUUUUUGUGACGCGCAAAAUGAAAUAGCUGAAAUUGAAGUCGAAGGUUGAAUAUAUAUGUAUAUACAUUCGAUUUAAUCAUGCGACGUCGAUUGACUAACGGUGUACAACAAUUAUCUCGAUAAUUAUUUUGAAAGCAACUACAUCGUUAGAAUAUAAAUUUCAUGAAACACGUAGGUACAUACGUACAAGCCAAUCUAUAGCAGUGACGCGUGCGACGAUCGUACAUUGUAGAUUCGUAAUUAAUUCAAAGUUAUUAUAACCUUUUAAUGUUACGAUUGUAUACUAAAGAAGUUGAUAAAAGUAUAUCUAGUUGAGAAAAUAAAAGCGUCAAAACUGUAUCAAAA